AUGGGUAUUCUCACUAUGGUCGAGGAUCGGCCUACGCCAAAAAGCGUUUACAAUUGGCGCGUCUAUGUAUCGGCUAUGACAGCUUCAUUCGCCGCGUGUAUGAUUGGAUACACAACAUCAUUCAUUGGAACAACCGUCAAUCUUGAUUCUUUCAAAGCAGAAUUUGGACUUGAUAAGUUGAGCGAUUCUGGCGCCAGCUUAAUCCAGGCGAAUAUCGUAUCGUUAUUCCAAGCCGGUGCAUUUUUUGGUUCUAUAUUUGCUUAUGGUACCGCGUACUAUGCUGGAAGACGAAUCACCCUCUGGACGUUUGUCAGUGUAUUUAUUCUUGGUGUUUGUAUUACGUUCGCUUCAAUUGGUGGUCAUAUCGGCCCGAUGUAUGCUGGAAGAGUCAUCUCGGGUUUCGGUGUGGGGGGAUGUACCAUGAUUGUUCCCAUAUACAUUUCCGAAAUCGCACCUCCCGCUAUCCGUGGUCGCCUUGUCGGCACCUACGAACUCGGCUGGCAGAUUGGCGGUCUUGUGGGAUUUUGGAUCAAUUUCGGAAUGUCUCAAAGUGUGCCAUAUGGUCGUAACCAGUGGCUCAUUCCAUUCGCCGUUCAAUUAAUUCCCGCCGGUAUCGUGCUUAUCGGUAGUCUCAUAUGCUUGAAAGAAACUCCACGUUGGUUGUGGACUCGAGGUCGUCGAGAACAGGGUGUCGAGAAUCUGUGCUAUAUCCGACAACUCAAGCCUGAUGACACUUAUAUUUUGGAGGAGAUUGAGAUGAUGGAUCUCCAAAUCAAUGAUUUGCCUACUGGAUUCAUCAAACCACUUCGCAUGGCGUUUUCUGAUGACAAAUUAUUAUGGAGAUUGUUCCUCGGACACAUGCUAUUCGUUCUUCAAAAUUUCGCCGGUAUCAACGCUAUCAACUACUACUCUCCUACCAUCUUCAAAACUAUGGGAGUAACUAGCACCGAAACUGUUGAACUAAUGACUGGCCUCUUCGGCGUGGUAAAAUGUAUCAUGACCGUUCUCUGGCUCACAAUAUUGAUCGAUAAACUUGGCCGCCGCACUCUCUUCAUUUCCGGUGGUAUCGUCGGCGCAAUCCUCAUGUUUAUAAUCGGUGCCUUAAUCGCAACUGCUAAAGACAACACUGGUGAAGGACUCGACUCUCAAGGCAUUGCCACAAUUUUCAUGAUCUAUCUCUGGACCUGCAUUUAUAUCACUUCUUGGAACGGUACCCCCUGGGUUGUAAAUGCAGAAAUGUUUAGUCAAGCUACACGUAAUGUUGGACAAGUCGGAGCCUCCAUGGCAAACUGGCUCUGGACUUUUGUCAUUGCACGCGUUACUCCUAACAUGGUAGCAAGCAUGGGAAAGAAUGGUUUCGGAAUGUAUUUUUUCUUUGGCUCAAUCACCGCUCUCGCAGUCGUCUUCACCUGGUUCCUCAUCCCCGAAACAAAAUCCGUUCCGCUUGAUCGAAUGGACGAUUUAUUUGCGGCAAGACCAGUUCGUGCCGCGCAAAAGAUUGUUAUGGAAGAUUUGGCAAGAAAUACGUUGGAAUUUUCGAAGAUUGAUAGGAAGGAGGAGAGUUCGCUGGCGCAGAUCGAGAGAGCUAAAGAGGCGGAAGAUGCAAGCCAAAGCGAGAGGCAGAGCGAUUAG